AUGGAGACGGCGGAGAAGGAGUGCGGCGCCCUGGGCGGGCUCUUCCAGGCCAUCGUCAACGACAUGAAGAGCUCCUACCCGAUCUGGGAGGACUUCAACUCCAAGGCCACGAAACUACAUUCCCAGCUGAGGACCACUGUGCUGGCUGCUGUAGCCUUCCUAGAUGCCUUCCAGAAAGUAGCUGAUAUGGCCACCAACACUCGAGGGGCCACGCGGGACAUUGGCUCCGCGCUCACUCGCAUGUGCAUGCGCCACCGCAGCAUCGAGACCAAACUGCGGCAAUUCACCAACGCGCUGCUGGAGAGCCUCAUCAACCCACUGCAGGAGCGCAUCGAGGACUGGAAGAAGUCUGCCAACCAACUGGACAAGGACCACGCGAAAGAGUACAAACGAGCCAGGCACGAGAUCAAGAAGAAAUCAUCGGACACGCUGAAGCUACAAAAGAAAGCACGCAAAGAGCUACUUGGGAAAGGAGACCUGCAGCCCCAGCUGGACAGUGCCCUACAGGACGUCAAUGAUAUGUACCUGCUGCUGGAGGAGACGGAGAAGCAGGCAGUGCGCCGGGCCCUGAUUGAAGAACGGGGCCGCUUCUGUACCUUCAUCACCUUCCUGCAGCCUGUGGUGAACGGCGAGUUGACCAUGCUGGGCGAGAUCACCCACCUGCAGGGCAUCAUUGACGAUCUGGUGGUGCUGACUGCGGAACCCCACAAGCUGCCUCCCGCCAGUGAACAGGUGAUCAAAGACCUGAAGGGCUCAGAUUACAGCUGGUCCUACCAGACCCCACCCUCAUCACCCAGUAGCUCCAGUUCCCGGAAGUCCAGCAUGUGCAGUGCCCCCAGCAGCAGUGCCAAGGGUGGCGGAGCCCCAUGGCCUGGGGGUGCCCAAACAUACUCACCCAGUUCCACCUGUCGCUACCGCAGCCUGGCACAGCCAACCGCCACCUCCGCCACCCGCCUCUCCAGCGUCUCAUCCCACGACUCUGGCUUCGUCUCCCAAGAUGCCACCUACUCCAAGCCCCCCUCGCCCAUGCCUUCAGACAUCACCAGCCAGAAGUCCUCCAGCUCUGCGUCCUCCGAGGCCUCGGAAACCUGCCAGUCCGUUAGCGAAUGCAGCUCCCCGACCUCGGAGUGGACCAAGGCCGGCCCCCACGAGCAGCCCUCAGGCACCACCUUGCAACGGAGGAAAGACCGAGUGGAACUCCUCCGGGACGCGGAGCCAGGCCCUGCCAGUGGAGGGGCACUGGGCUCCAGUGGGGAGGAGGCACCACGAGCCCGGAUGUCCCCUGCCACCAUUGCAGCCAAGCACGGUGAGGAGGUGUCCCCUGCGGCCAGUGACCUGGCCAUGGUGUUGACCCGUGGCCUGAGCCUGGAGCACCAGAAGAGCAGCCGGGACUCUCUGCAGUACUCCAGCGGCUACAGCACACAGACCACCACGCCCUCAUGCUCCGAGGACACCAUCCCCUCCCAAGGCUCCGACUAUGACUGCUACUCCGUGAACGGGGAUGCAGACAGCGAGGGCCCCCCUGAGUUUGACAAGUCAUCCACCAUCCCUCGCAACAGCAACAUCGCCCAGAACUACCGCCGCCUGAUCCAAACCAAGCGCCCGGCAUCCACCGCCGGGCUGCCCACCACAGGGCUACCCACAGCCACAGGCCUGCCCUCGGGCGCACCCCCCGGCGUGGCCACCAUCCGCCGCACACCCUCCACCAAGCCCACCGUGCGCCGCGCCCUGUCCAGCGCUGGCCCCAUCCCCAUCCGGCCACCCAUCGUCCCUGUGAAGACGCCCACGGUGCCUGACUCCCCUGGCUAUGUGGGGCCCACGCGGGCAGGCAGUGAGGAGUGUGUCUUCUACACAGAUGAGGCAGCCUCUCCCCUGGCACCGGACCUCACCAAGGCCUCCCCAAAGAGGCUCAGCCUGCCCAAUACAGCCUGGGGCAGCCCAUCCCCAGAGGGAGCCAGCUACCCUGGGGCAGGGACCGGGCUGGCAGCUGAGGACGACGACGAGCAGCAGUUGGCUGCCAACAGGCACAGCCUUGUGGAGAAGCUUGGAGAGCUGGUGGCUGGUGCCCAUGCCCUGGGUGAGGGCCAGUUCCCCUUCCCCACCGCCCUGUCAGCCACCACCACGGAGGAGACGCCCACCCCACCUCCUGCCGCCACAAGCGAUCCCCCAGCUGAAGACAUGCUGGUGGCCAUCCGUCGCGGGGUCCGGCUCCGCAGGACCGUCACCAACGACAGGUCGGCACCCCGCAUCUUGUGAUGGCGCCAUUCUCCCCACCCUGUCUGGCCCUGGUGCGAGCAGGUGGCCUGGUCUGUAAGCAGCAGCCACUGAGAAAUGGCACAGCCAGGAGAGAGAACAGCGCCAGGGAUGAGGCAAAGCCACUUUACAGAAAGAGACACCCAGGCUGGAUCUCUAUGUCUAACAGGAAGUGACUUCCUUAACCAAUCUUGUCAGGACAGAGCCUGCAGGCCUUGAACUGGUUUUGGAGCCUGUUUUAUACCUUCCUUGCUUACUCUGACCAACCUUUUACUUUCUGUAGGCCCAACCUUGUCUAUGCUCCAGAGCCCAAGACAAAGUGCUGGGCCAGCCUUCCUCUGCCACCCUGGCCCCACCUGGCCUGGGGUCCACAACUCAGCUCCCCAGAUCCACGGUGUUCUGACUCCUUCUUGAAUGCUGGCUCCCUCCUCUCCCUGCCUGAGCCCCUCUGCUUGUCUCUUGCCUUCUCUCUGCCUGUCCCAGGCUCCUUUCCAUCCCGGGAGGCAGGGUAGCCACGGAGAGGCCAGGUGCCCAAGCAGCUGAGUGUCUAAUCUGUGACCAGGGUCCAGGGACCAGGUUGAUGUUGCCUGGCCAGGCCCACCCACCAAGAACAGAGCCGAGGGGACCAAGCCGCAUCUCGGGGAGGAAAUGUAGGGGCCUUGAGUGGGGAAAGCCGGGGAGACCCUCCAGCUCCCCUGCCCUGUGAGGCGUGGUUGGGAGGCUCCAGGCAGAUAGCAGGGAAAGCAAUCCAGAGGUUCACGAGGUCACCUGACCAGCCACACCCGAGCUGUUUCACAUGUCCCAUCUUCAUUUGGGCACAUUGAGACUUACUCUGGUGGCACUUUAGGGUCACAGUUUCAGCCACUGUUGGAGGUGGGGGCUGGAGCUGUAGAGGGUAUUGGGGGGGUUAUCUUCUGGCUAUAAUAAAAUGGAGCUGGCCCCAGACAAGAACUUUGUGUGGGGCAAGCCGGUGGUACAGGGUGUGUGUCUUUGAGUGCCUGAGAGACAGAUGGAGAGCCCCACGGUGGCCUCGUGGGCCCGUGGCAGGAUGGGAAGGGUGGAAUUGGCUCCCCCAAAGCCAGGGAGAAGCCAGUGUUCUCUGCAGUCUCACAUGUAGCUGAAAUAAGGCUGGAGAAGGCAGGGCUGGAGCACCUCCAGUCCUUUGUGCUGUGUUCUGAGCGAGCUGCAGGCCCGUGUUGGGGAGCGAGUCCAGAGAGAUUGGCUUUGACUCUCUGUUGCCAGAGGAGAUGCCAUUCCAGGAUGGUCCACACCAUAGGCCUAACCUGGGCUGGCAGCAGGGACCAGGGAGAGGAGUGGGCUCACCUCCCACUCCAUGCCCAAGUCAGACCAAGUCUGAGCAGGUCAAAGCAUGUGAGCCUAGGGUGAGUGGAGGGAUUGCAGUGGCCACAGGGUAGUAGAGAAAGCAGCAGUAAUGUGUCUCCCAGGGGUCAGGAGAGCAGUUUGGCUUGGUCCAGAUGGAAUGGAUUUGGGGCCAGUCCAGGCUCGUGCUCCUGGGUGCUUUAGUGCCAUGAACUGGGAUCCUGGCAGAGCAGCUAGGCAGGUCUGAGAACCCAAGAAUUCCCUUGUAUGGGUGGAGGCCCCACCUUGGGCUUCCAGGGCUGCUAGAGAAUCUCCUACAAGUCUCUAGGUCUGAGAACUGAGUGCCUAGCCCACCAAGCUCUGGCAAAUACCAGAGCCCCAGGUGUGAGGGCCAGGAGAACAGGGGACCAGUUUGUGGGGCCAUGGUGGUAGAUUUCGGUUGCGCCUUCCCCCCGGGCUGUGCCCAGGAUGAGGAGGGAGUUGCCCAGUGUGUUGAUGGAGGAGGAAACAGGAUAUGGAAUACAGGGCAGCGGGGUAGCAGGUGUGGCCUCUGCACUGAGUGUGGCUAGGUCCUAGGGGUUCUUUCAAGGAAGAGCGCACCACCUCCUGGAGGCUCCGGGCCCUGAUGGGAAGGGAGGCUGGGGCUUCCCCAGAGAGGCUGGCACCAUAUCCCACACUCUCUUCCCCUUCCCUCUGAGCCCCCAGGGCUGUACAUACUCCACCCCUUGACUACCCCCACCACCCUCUCUUCCAUGUAGUGACCACCUCAUAGGCCCACCCCCUUCGGGAUCCGAACCAACCAUCCCACAUCACAAACUUUGGUUUGGGGGACUUUACGUUGGUCUUUAUUUUUCACUUUGUACAGAGAAAUAUUCUUUUCAAAAGUGUCUUUUGACUGAAGUAACUUUUCUG